GACAGCGGUGUCAAUACAAAGCUCAUUGAGAAAAGAUAGGAAGAUAAAAUAGUUAACCCGUUCGUUGCUUCAGUCGCGAUAUCUGAAAAGUUGAAAAUCUAAUUCACGUAGUUAGUAUCUUUCUGCUUCCAUACAACGCGCAGUUUACAAUUGGUUCAAAUGAGUCUUGGUCAAAGGUGCAGUACUUUGAUUGAUUGAUAUUCAGUGACCGAGUGUGGCUUCACUUGCUUAGUUAAUAUUCGACGGGGCUUACAAAUGUAUCUUAUCUAAUCUUUCCUGUCAUCAAUGUAAGGUUGGUUACUCGGGAAUUCAGAUAGUGCAAGAUCAUUCGUUAGAACUGUUUACAAGUCGGAGAACCUGAUUCACAAGUGUGACUGCACGCGGAGCUUUGGUCAAGAUUACUAUUCUGAUCGUGGUCGGGGAAGUGUAUUCUAAGUUUCACACUGCAUUUAUGCAAAAGAUAGAUUUGUUGAACAAAAGUAUUCAAGUGCAAUUAAGUGCUAAUCAAGUAAUUGGUUAGCGCAUUAGUAACAAGGUCGCUUAAAUUAUACAGUGUUCAGUGUGUGCGCCAUUUGAUAGUAAGAUUCCGGCUGGAAAAACUGUUCGUGAUCUCGGUAUCUUCAAGCGGAAUUGCAUUGACGGCAUUACACGCCUGCGACUUAGAUUCCGUAUCUUAUACUAACCGUUGCUAUGAGCGACCAAACUUCUGAAAGUUCCAUUUCCGAAUAUCUAAACGAUGGAUACAUACAUAAAAUCCUUAAUGCCUACGAAAAACAGGAAGUUGAAAUUCUAAAAUACGAAGUAGAAUCAGCAACCAAAAAAGGUGAAAACUUUGCAAGUUCGCUAUCUCGACUACGAAUGCAAUAUUGUCUGGGACAAAAUGGACACACAAAAACCUUAACAACCAUAGUGAAGUCUCGUUUAGGAGGCGAAGUCCUAGCUGAGAUUGAGAGCGAAUUCAGUAUUUUUGAUAGAGAAUCGCAAGUCUAUAAGAUUAUCCUGGGAGAAUGCGAGGAUAUGCUAAAAAGUAUUGGGGAUGAUACACAUUUUGGACCAAGAGCCAUCUAUGUGGAUGAUCGAAUCAUAGUUCUUGAAGACCUAAAGGAACAAGGAUACACCAUGGAAAAUGUUCGAAAAGGAUUAAACAAGGAGCACUGCUCUCGAAUCUUAGAAAAACUAGCGAAAUUCCAUGCUACCACAAGGGUAUUAUACUGUAAGAAACCUGAACUAUUCAAAUACCACAUUGUAGGAAAUAUUGGUGAGGUCCGUACUCCAUUGCAUACAAUUUACGAGAAUACAAUAGAAACAUGUACAAAGUUUGUUAGCUCCAAAGAAGAUUUAUCUCAGUAUGCUAACAAAUUAGAAACAUAUGGAAAAGAUAUCAUCAAAAAAUUAAUUAACAUUUUCUCCAGAGAUCCAAAUGGAUUCAAUGUUUUAAAUCAUGGAGAUAUGUGGGUUAAUAAUUUCCUAUUUAAAAGUGACGGAAAAGAUUUGGAUGUACUUUUUGUUGACUUUCAAGAAGGAUUUUUCGGCUCUCCUGGUAUCGAUUUCAAUUAUUUCAUAUACUCAUCCUGGUCAGAUGAUGUUUUUCGAAAUCACCGUAAAGACUUAAUUAAAUUGUACUUGAAAACAUUGCAAGACACUUUGAAGAAAUUAGGGGAUGAUAAUCUUCCAAGCUUAGAAAUUAUUAACAAAGAAAUUCAUUCUAAAGGAGAUCAUGGACUCAUAACCGCUUGCUGCAUGUACCCUAUUCUAACAACAGAUCAUCCAGAUUUAGCUGAUCCUGCAAUAUUUGUAUUAAAUGAUGAGGAAUCCAAGGAAACGCGAAUGAAAGUAUUUGAUUCAAAUAAUUAUUAUAAUCAUUUGAAACUAAUUCUGCCAGAAUUUGUUGAGAGCAAAUUUUUAUAAUUAUGAAUAUUUUAAGAAAAAUUAGAUUUUUAGUUAAUUUCAAAUGCAAAUACCAUGUUUUCCACGUUUUGUAUUGUUGACAAUGAUGAAAUAUAAAAAUUCCUAAUUAAUUA